AUGGACCUGGCUUACGUCUGCGAGUGGGAGAAGCGCCCCAAGAGCAACCACUGCCCCUCCAUCCCUCUGGUGUGCGCCUGGUCCUGCCGCAACCUGAUUGCGUUCACGACGGACCUCAAGAACGAGGAGGAGAAAGACCUCACCCACAUGAUUCACAUCCUCGACAUGGAGCACCCCUGGGACGUCUGUUCCAUCAAUUCCGGACACGUGGAAAUCAUUACUUGCUUGGAAUGGGAUCAGUCGGGAUCCAGGCUGCUGUCCGCCGACGCCGACGGGCACAUCAAGUGCUGGAGCAUGGUUGAGCACCUGGCCAACAGCUGGGAGAGCGCCGUGGGCAGCGUGGUCGAAGGGGACCCCGUUGUGGCGCUCUCGUGGCUGCACAACGGCGUGAAGCUGGCUUUGCACGUGGAGAAGUCGGGAGCUUCGAACUUUGGCGAGAAGUUCUCGCGCGUCAAGUUCUCGCCGUCGCUGACGCUCUUCGGGGGAAAGCCGAUGGAAGGCUGGAUCGCGGUGACCAUCAGCGGCCUGGUGACCGUCUCGCUGCUGAAGCCCAACGGGCAGGUGCUGACCUCGACGGAGAGCCUGUGCCGCCUGCGGUGCCGCGUGGCCCUGGCCGACAUCGCCUUCACGGGCGGCGGCAACAUCGUGGUGGCCACGUCGGACGGAAGCAGCGCCUCGCCGGUCCAGUUCUACAAGGUCUGCGUCAGCGUGGUGAACGAGAAGUGCAAGAUCGACACCGAGAUCCUGCCGUCGCUCUUCAUGCGCUGCACCACGGACCUCGCCCGCAAGGACAAGUACCCGGCCAUCACCCACUUGAAAUUCCUCACCCGGGACAUGUCCGAGCAGAUGUUGCUCUGCGCUUCCAACCAGAACAACAGCAACGUGGAGUGCUGGUCUCUCCGGAAAGAGGGAUUGCCGGUCAACAACAUAUUCCAGCAGAUCUCCCCCACAGUCGGCGACAAGCCGCCCAUGAUUUUGAAGUGGCGAAUACUCUCGGCCGCCAACGACCUGGACCGCGUUUCGGCCGUGGCUCUCCCGAAACUUCCCAUCUCCUUGACCAGCACGGAUUUGAAAGUCGCCAACGACACCAAAUUCUACCCUGGCUUAGGACUCGCACUCGCCUUCCACGACGGCAGCGUCCACAUCAUCCACCGCGUCUCCCUGCAAACCAUGGCGGUCUUCUACGGCUCGACGUCCCAGCGUCCGUACGAAGAGCAGGCCAUCAAGAGGCAGCGGACGGCCGGCCCCCUGGUCCACUUCAAAGCCAUGCAAAUGUCCUGGACGUCGCUGGCCUUGGUCGGCGUCGACAGCCACGGGAAGCUCAGCAUGCUGCGGAUCUCCCCCUCCAUGGGCCACAUCCUCGACAUGAACAUCUCCCUCCGCCACUUGCUGUUCCUCCUGGAGUAUUGCAUGGUGACCGGAUACGACUGGUGGGACAUCCUCCUUCACGUCCAGCCCAGCAUGGUGCAGAACCUGGUGGAGAAGCUACACGAAGAAUACAUGCGGCAGAAUGCGGCCCUGCAGCAGGUGCUCUCGACGCGGAUUAUUUCCAUGAAGGCGUCGCUCUGCAAGCUCUCCUCCACCACGGUUUCCCGGGUUUGCGACUACCACGCCAAGCUCUUCCUGAUCGCCAUCAGCUGUACCCUCAAAUCGCUCCUCCGCCCCCCGGUCCUGAACACCCCGGACAAAAGCCCCGGAGACCGGCUGACGGAGAUCUGCUCCAAGAUCACCGACGUGGAUAUCGACAAAGUGAUGAUCAACUUGAAGACGGAGGAGUUCGUCUUGGAAAUGGCCACUUUGCAGUCCCUCCAGCAGCUGAUCCAGUGGGUCGGAGACUUUGUCCUCUACCUGUUGGCCAGCCUCCCGAACCAGGGCUCCGGCCCCGUCCGCCCGGGCCACAGCUUCCUCCGCGACGGCUCCUCCCUGGCCAUGCUGCGCGAGCUGAUGGUCGUGAUCCGCAUCUGGGGCCUCUUGAAACCCAGCUGCUUGCCCAUCUACACGGCCACUUCGGACACCCAGGACAGCAUGUCCCUCCUCUUCCGGCUCCUGACCAAACUUUGGCUGUGCUGUCGCGACGAAAGCCACCCCAGCGAGCCGGACGACGCCUUGAUUGACGAGUGCUGCCUGCUUCCCAGCCAGCUGCUCAUCCCGAAUCUCGACUGGUUGCCCGUCAACGACGCCAUCAUCCACAAGCUGCAGAGCAAGCAGCCCGUCCGGAUGCAGUUCGGGAAGCCACCGGGGCAGGGGGGCCACCCCACCUCCCUGCAGUUCGACGCCUUCGCCAGGGCCCCCGGGCAGCCGAAGAUCGACCACUUGCGCCGGCUCCACCUCGGGGCGUACCCCACGGAGGAGUGCAAAUCCUGCACCAGGUGCGGCUGCGUCACCAUGCUGCAUUCGCCCAACAAGACGACGGCCGUCAAGCAGUGGGAACAGCGCUGGAUCAAGAACUGCCUCUGCGGCGGCCUCUGGAGGAGGAUGCCCCUCGGCUACUCGUGACGGCGCCCCCGGCAGGCCGGGAGGAAGGACUGCAGGGAGGACGGACCCAAGAAAUUAAA